AUGGGUAAUAUACAACAAAAACACAAUAAUUCUGAAGAACAAGAACAUUGGGAAGCAGAAGAAGAAGAACUAGAUUAUACUUGUGAAAUUUGUAUGGAAUCAUCUCUUCCGGUCGAUACAAAAUUCAAGAACAUCUACUCCGGCAGAACCAACAAAGAGAAAAAGCAAAACAAAGAAUGCACAUCAAAACAUCACCUCUGCAACGAUUGUAUUGCUAGGUAUGUAGAAGCAAAAAUCAAUGACGGCGGCACUCCGGUAAUUAAAUGCCCAGGUAUCAACUGUAACGUGGGCUUAGACGUUAACUCUUGCCGUAGUUUCAUUGACGUCUCAUCAAAAGUUUUCGUUAGAUGGUGUGAAUUGCUCUGUGAGUCCGAAAGUCUUACAAACUUUGCUCAUCAUAGCAAGCGAGCUCACUGUCCUGGAUUUUCUGAACUGAUUUUGAAUGAGUGUCCCAAUGACAAUGGUAUUAUAGAAACAAUGUGCCCAUCUUGCAAGAUUUUUUUCUGUUUUAACUGUGUGAUCCCGUUGAAAGACCAACAGGCUCAUGUGUGUAGUAGACAGAGGAGCAAAGACGUCAAAUUGAUUGACAGAAACGAUCUUCUCUUCGUAGAAUCUUUUGCGCGACAAGGGUGGACUAGAUGUCCUUUUUGCGCGCGUUAUGUAGAGCGUGCCUCUGGUUGUCCAACUAUCACCUGCAGAUGCGGAAACAAAUUUUGCUACCGCUGUUGCUGUGGGGAGGCAGCAGGGAGGCGUUGUAACUGUUUUACUAAUGUAAUUCAGCCUUAUGAGGUUCAGCCUUAUGUACUUCAGCCAGAGGAGGAUCCAUAUCUCGAUAUGUUAUCAAUGUUGUCCGUCUUCACUGGUAUUAUCUUUGUGGUCAAUGUUGUGUUAGGCAAAAAUUAA